AUGAAUUUUGAUGGAUUAAAUGUCGAGUGGGAGAAGGUGUCUGAGGCCAAAGAAUACAUCGAGAAGCACAAACUCGAACAAUUUUUUCUGAAUAUUACCGCUCUGCUGGUCUUUAGGCAGCCAAGAGAUCCAUUUGCUUACAUACAGCGCCAGAUAAAAAAGUUAACGAAGCAUUCACUAAUCGAGGCAGAGGAUUUGGGAAUUCUUUUUGACAAUUUGGACACUGGCAGGACUGGCUGUCUCACUAAAGAACAAUCCCUGAAAAAUUUAGGUGUGGGACCAAGCUCUCUUGAUACUAGUUCUUCGUGCGUUCCCAAGAGUUCAUUCAUUGUUGACUGGUCAGGACUUCGUUUUUUAUAA